AUGGAAAAAGUGCAAAAUGAGUUAGAAACUAUAGUUGGUACGAAGAGGAAAGUGGAAGAAUCAGAUUUGGACAAGUUAGAGUAUUUGGACAUGGUUAUAAAAGAAAGCCUUAGGCUCCAUCCAGUGGCACCCCUUUUAAUACCACACCAAUCUAUAGAAGAUUGCAUGGUUGGAGACUUUUUCAUACCUAAAAAAUCAAGAAUCAUUGUGAAUGCAUGGUCAAUUAUGAGAGAUCCAAAGGCUUGGACUGAUCCAGAAAAGUUUUGGCCAGAGAGAUUUGAAGGAAGCAAUAUAGAUGUUAGAGGGCGUGAUUUUCAUCUCAUACCAUUUGGUUCUGGUAGGAGGGGCUGCCCUGGAUUGCAGUUAGGUCUAACUGUGAUUCGUUUAGUGGUGGCACAACUUGUGCAUUGCUUUGAUUGGAAAUUGCCAAAUCAUAUGUUAUCAAGUGACUUGGACAUGAGAGAGGAGUUUGGCCUUACAAUGCCUAGAUCCAAUCAUCUAAUUGUUAUCCCUUCUUACCGUCUUUGUAGUGAUAGCGAUUAG